AUGGGUACAAACCGAGACGGGGUGCGAUUGAGCGUGCUGGGCGCGCUGGGAGUCGCCGUGUCGGCGUACGGGGUCCAUGUGAAGACGCAGAAGAUGGCGCUGAGGGACGAGUACGCGCCGUUGUGCGACUCGGAGGCGUUCUCGUGCUCGGAGGUGCUGACGAGCGAGUACAGUAGUUUGCUGUCGCAUUUGGGGCUUGUAGAGAAGCACUCGGUGUUGGACGUGUCCAAUGCGCAUUUGGGGGUGUUGGCGUACUCGCUGUUUGUGCUCUACCCGGUACUGCGGAAGGUGCCGUACCAUGCACAAUUUUACUUGGCGGUGUCGAGUUGUGGCGCGGUGGUGAUGGUGUACUUGGCCUACAUUUUGGCAUUCGUGUUGCGCGAUUUUUGCCUGGUGUGCGUAGCUACGUACGGAAUCACUGCGGCUCUGUUGUGGACCUCGCAGGCGCUGGUUCGUGCAGAGCGGCGUCACCUGCAAUCAACCAAAGCGGGCAAGUUUGAUUAG